UAGGUUAUUAUUUUUGAAGUUUGUUCUAUUCUUUUGCUUUCCAGAUACACACCACAUCCCAAUGCAUUGAAUUAUAGCCUAUCUGAUAUUCUCACAGCAUAAAGUCAUGUUCCCAUGUGAACAUUCAUGAAAUUUGUUGUAUCAAUCCAAGACAAAGGCCGUUCUAGGGGACCCAAUAACUUGCCUUGUGAUUUCAGCUCAUCUAGAUGCAGAGGCCACUAACUUCCCAUUUCAUCUAUAUAUAGGCAGGGCCUCCUCAUCUUAAUAACUGUCUUUAAGGCCUCUACUACCUUCAUGUCAAGUCAUUCUCCAUAGUUUUCCUCUUUCCGAUCUGCAUUUUUCAUCUGUUUUUCUCAAAUUUUCUCAAAUGGGUGGUGCUCAAAGGAUGAGUUUUGUGGCUCUUGUGUCCUGUCUGGUAUUCUUUGUUAGCUGUCAGCAGGCUGCAGGAAAUGGGUUUGUGACAACAAAAGGCACACAUUUUUUUGUCAAUGGGAAUCCUCUGUAUGUUAAUGGGUUUAACUCUUACUGGUUACUAACUCUAGCAUCAGAUCCAUCGCAGAGAAACAGAGUCACCUCUGUUUUUGAAGAGGCUUCAGGCCAUGGUCUGAAUUUGGCUAGGACAUGGGCCUUCAAUGAUGGCCAGUAUAAGGCAUUGCAAGUUUCUCCUGGUGUUUAUGAUGAGCAAGUCUUUCAGGCUCUGGACUUUGUGGUAUCUGAAGCCAAAAAUCAUAACAUCAGACUGAUUUUUAGCUUGGCUAACAACUAUGUUAACUUUGGAGGGAAGGCCCAGUAUGUAAAUUGGGCUCGUAAUGCAGGACAGUCUCUGAGCUCUGAAGAUGAUUUCUUUACCAAUCCAACUGUCAAGGGCUACUACAAGAACCAUGUCAAGGCUGUCUUGACUAGGGUGAAUACCAUUACAGGAGUAGCCUAUAAGGACGAACCCACUAUUUUUGCGUGGGAGCUCAUGAAUGAGCCCCGUUGUCAGAGUGAUACAUCUGGAAGAACUAUCCAGGCAUGGAUAGAAGAAAUGGCUGCCCAUGUCAAAUCUAUUGAUGGAAACCACCUUCUAGAGGCAGGUCUUGAAGGAUUCUAUGGUGACUUCAAAAAGCAGGUUAAUCCAAGCUUCUCUGUGGGAACAGAUUUUAUUGCUAACAAUCGAAUCAAAGAUCUUGAUUUUGCAACUGUUCACUCUUACCCAGAUAUUUGGCUGCAAGGAUCAGAUGAAGGAACUCAACUUUCUUUUCUGGAAAGCUGGAUUGAGAACCACUUGGACGAUGCAAACAAAAUAGUGAAAAAACCAGUGCUGUUUGCAGAGUUUGGCAAAUCCUCAAAAGAUCCAGGAUAUUCGGAGUGGCAGAGGAACAAUUUCUUUGACACAAUGUAUAAACACAUCUAUGCCUCAGCCAGCAGGGGAGGAGCAAGUGCUGGAGGCAUGUUUUGGCAGCUAUUGGCACCAGGCAUGAAUCAAUUUGGAGAUGGGUAUGAGAUUGUUUUGUCUGAGAAUCCAUCAACAGCAGCUGUCAUUGCUGCUCAGUCACAUAAGCUAAACAUGGUAACCCAUAUGUUCACCAAAAUAUAUGACCUUGAGAAGCUAAAGAGGGUAUAUGCACACAGGAGGACUAGAUGGCACAAAGACUCAAACAGAGGCUGAGUUUGAGAUUAGAGUUAGAUGUAUAUAUAUAUCUGUGAUCAUUCUAUGUUAGGUAGUGUAUUGCUGAAGUUUUUCCUUAAAAGCAAAGCUAGUUUUCUAGGCCCUGGACCCUCUCAUGAGAUGGCAGUAGUCAUCCGAGAGUAAGAUAUUGUCAUUCAGAUCAUUUUAGGGAUGAUGAUCCAGAGUCAUAUUUUCUGGUAGUAUUUCGUAAACAUUUUACAAUUCCCCCUGGGUAGGUAAUAUGUUUUUACCCCUUUGGGUUCAUGCGUUUUGAUAAUUGGGGAUUUGAGGCAAGAGCUGGGACGAAAGAGUCCUAAAUAUUGGAUCUUGGCCCCACUCCUCUAUUUGGUUUUUGAUUGAUGAUGUUUGAAUACAGAAUGUUGUAAGGCAAAACAUGUGGUGGCAAGAAUACAAGCUUUUAGGCCAUUGCAUGCCCCUGAUAAUAUGAUAAAGCACAUUUAUCUCUA